AUUAAUAUAAUAUAUACUGUUCGAAGAAUUUUAUCAAUCAAAUCUGACAUGUUUAUGGAUAUAAAUUUCAUACGUGGCGGUAAUUUCCUGUAAUUAUCAAGACAGCCACCAGAUGCCAGGGCGCCUUGAGCGGCUCUUGUAUACGCCGCGAUCUCAGGCCCUGAACUUAGUCGCGCGCGGUGAACGUUCCGUCCUACCGUCGAAUCUUCGCGCGCGUCUCGUCGAGAGUGACAGUUCGAAAAGUUCUUUCCCGUGGGAGAAAAGCACGAUCAGUUGUGCGUCGUCGCGAGUUAACAAAGCCGUGGUGCACGUGCCACUCAUAGGGAAACACGGCGUUCCGCGUUGUACCGAUAUAAAAAGUAUCGUGGUGGAAUCGGCGAGCGUUGGAGGCUGAACGGUGACUCGUCUCGUCGGAACGACACGGACUUCACGGUAUACCGUUCAGUCACGUGGCAUUGGAAAUAAAAUAUCGUAGUACGCCGCGAUGUCAACAACCGGACAGUGGCUAAACUUUGUUUAACAUCGGUGCGUGGCUAGUGUCGUGACCGAACUUUGUUUACAGUGGUACGUCGACCGCGGUUAAUUGUUCGAGGAGCCGCCGCGAGUGGAACGUUUUCUCUUAUCGAGAUUACCGUGAACAGUGUGUGAGCGUGUGUGUAAUUGAAUCGGACUAUCGAUCGGACAAUCGACACUCUGCGUCUGCGGUUGAUAAGAAAGAAAGAGCCGUUCAGUUCGCGCGUAUUCCAAAUGCGUCUUGACCGGAAGUUGAGGAUCAUCGUAUUGGCAGGGUGGCAGAGGAUGCACGGGUCUCGGGCGGGAGACGAGGUCGCAGUAGCGUGCGUCAGGCGCUUCGGUAGCAGAGGUUCUCACUGAGCUGGCUUACCCUGCGGUGGAUUUAGGGGGCUGUAUGGAGGCCGGGGGGCUCCUGCCCCGCCAGCCCCCGCAAGGCCCCCCCGGCACAGCGCCUGGCCCAAUUUCGGUUUGUGUGGGCCAGGCUCCAAACGCAAACAACGUAAAUAACGUGCAGAGCAACGUGCUCGGCCAAUCGGGCAUCCACGAUCUGAACGCCGGCCAGUUAAACGUGACCGGGCAGCAGCUGCAGUUGCAGCAACAAAUGGGUCAAGCACCUGGCAUGGGUGAGGUGGUCACCCCCAAGAGACAGGCGGUCGUUGAUCGUCUGAGACGCAGGAUCGAGGGUUAUCGGAGAAGACAAACGGAUUGUAUACCGCGCUUCGAUCAGAGUUUCAACGGACUUUGCGAACAGAAUAUCCAGGACACGUUGGUGUUGAAGCAACGUUUCUUAGAGAACAAGGCGAAGCGGCAGGCUAAGAAGACGGAUAAGAAGCAGAGCGAGCCGGUCGGUCUCUCCAGCGUUCACGUGGUGAGUACAUAUGGAGUUCUUAUCUACAGUAAUUUAACGCAGAUUUAUGGGUGAGCAUGAG